AUGCGGAUCGACCAAAUUUACCUAUGUGAAGGAUUGUCACGCAGGCGAGGAGAGCGGAAGCACGAGGUGUUUUUGGAGGUCCCGAGGGGUAUUCAACGAACUUGGGAUGCUCGGGCGGAUGGCGAGAAUGAAGAAUUGGAUAAGUUUUUGAGCUGGAGAGGUUCCUUCCUCGCUGCCCUCUUUCAACUCGUGACAAAGAUGUCCCCUGUGAUUGAUGUAGAUAAAAGUACCAACAAAAGAUGUAUCGCAGAGAUUUUCGCGCAUAAUUAA